AUGGAAUCAAAUUCAAGUACAUUCGGAAACUCCUCGAGGCUCAGUACAGAACAGAGUACGCCUGCAUUGAUUCAGGCUCAGCAGGAUUAUAUAAUUGUUGCUGGUGAAGUGUAUGUUCACUUGUUUAUGCUGCCGGAAGAUGACCCGCAGGAGGGAAGCAUUUGCGCAAUAAUCGAGAGAGAAGGCGGCGCAUCCCUACUGACACAGCUGCUUGACUCUGCUCAAUUCAACCCUGCUGUUUUGGGCCCGCAUUCUCUAGAUGGAAAGAUCAAGAAUGUUCGCUCGAUUAGCAGAAUGAGUCGUGUCAAUAGACGCUCGAAAGAUGGUCAGCACUACGUCGUGAAGAAGGUUGAACACCUCAGAGGGCAGUCCAUCUGGGGUUCGCCGAGGGAGGUAACUAAGUCAGACAAUAAUGCCCCGAAAAUCUUAAUAUUUCAUGAACCCACCAAGGAUGAAAGGACACAGCCUGGUGAAGAACUCUUCGAAAACACUCGACCACAGGUUAUGAUUUAUAAAAUGGCUCGUCCUGUGACGAAAGGAAGCCUAUGGGCUAAAGUCCGCUCCGGACCCUACAGCCAAAGUGGGGAACGAGACCCUGAUCGUCUUAUUGUUAUAGUCAAUGCAGAAGACCUCCGCCGAGAGGGAAUAGAGCUGAGCUGCCACCUCUCCUGGGAAAAGACAUGCGAGGAUUUCGUUCGGGAGCUCGCAUGCAAUGGAGAGUUUGUCUCUCUUCUCAAUUGUGCCCACCUCAUCAUCUGCUUUGAUUGUGAUGGAGUGAUCCAUCACCAACGCGGCAAGAACAAAGACACACUUUACUUCAACGGAUCCUACGCAGAGGGAGAUUUUAUCAAAGCUUGCACAGGAGAAGCUGGAGAUAUGACUGGAUUGAUGUCAACUUUUACUGCUGGAUUUGCCUCGGGACUUGCUAAAUCUGACCUCUCAGCUGUCUCUGGGAUCGACAGUGGUAUAGAGGCUGGCAUCUUACAGGGACUAAAGUGUUCCCGCCGGUUGUGCCGAACGGGGUUCCUCAGCAAAGGCCGUGAGCUGUCAGACGAUCCACCAUGGAAAUACAUUAUGACUGGUGGGGAUCCAAACGACGACGACAACGACCUAGACUUCAAUUGGAUUACAAUUCCGACGGAGAAGGUUAUUGAAGGUCUCAACUGGACUGCGCUUGAGGACAUGGCGGGGGAUCCGGCCGAAGUGGCCCAUUGUAUCGUCAAGGAUGGACCCGGAAUUCUGAGCCGUGUCCCGAUUGCGCGUUUUGGGACGAUGGUGACCGCCGACAGAAGCGAGAUAGAGAGCUACCGUGCGAUCAGCAACCUGAUUGAAGAGUACUCACAAGCGAAAGUGCAUCGAGCCACCCCACUCUGCAUUGGCGUAUUUGGACCUCCUGGUUCUGGCAAGUCAUAUGCUUUGAAACAAGUGACAACAGCAGUGCUGCAAGAACAAGCACCUCCAACGCUGGAGUUUAAUCUGUCGCAAUUCAAAGAAUAUUCCGAAUUGAUAGUCGCAUUCCAGUUGGUCCGGGACACUGCCCUUUCCGGGAAGGUACCCCUCGUAAUGUUUGAUGAGUUUGAUGCCAAUUUUGGUGGAGAGUUAGGCUGGCUGAAAUACUUCUUGACACCCAUGAAUGAUGGCAGGUUCUUGGACCAUGGCAGAACUCACCCUCUUGGCAGAGCAAUUUUUGUCUUCAUUGGAGGCACUUCCUCAACUUUUAGAGCAUUCAAGGACAGAGCGCACUCCAAUGAGGGUCUUACCGCUAAGUGCCCUGACUUUGUUAGCCGACUGAGUGGCUAUGUCGAUAUCCGUGGCCCAGAUCCCGACCCCGACCAGAAACAUGACUCGAAGUAUCCAAUACGCCGAGCUCUAUUACUGCACGACUUGCUGAGGAAGCAUGAUUUGAAAGGAAUUGAUGAUGCAGUAUUGACUGGAUUAUUAAGAGUUUCUCGGUUUCAUCAUGGCGCUCGUUCAAUGAAAGCCAUACUGGACAUGAGUAGAUUGUCGGGAAAGGAGAAGUUUGAACGUGCAUCACUUCCAUCAGAUGAUCAGCUCAGCUUGCAUGUCGAUCCUCAAAAUUUCUUGCAAUGGGUAAGAGGUCCACGCUUGCAAUGGGAUCUGCCUAUGUACUCUUCACCAUUUGAGGAUAAGGCAGGACCGAACUUCGCUCCGCUCCGUGAUGUUUUCGCCAUCAGACUCCACAGAGUAUAUUGUGACGCCAUUAAAAAAGUAGCAAAGACAGCACCAAAUCUGGUGGAGGGGGGUUUGGAGGCAACGACCCAGGCAUGGCAUGAUCUCCCCCCUGCACACAAGGAGACGAGUCGCUUACAGGCAGAUGACAUAGCAUAUAAGCUACGGCUGAUCAAAUGCUACUUUUCAAGAACAGUUCCUGGGAAGGAGAGAAGAUUUGAAUUCAGGAGGAACAGAAAGACAUAUAACCAGGAGGCGAAUCAGGAGAAUGAAGAUGAUGAAGUCGAGAAACUAGCUAUCCGUGAGCAUCAACGCUUCAUUACUGAGAGACUGCGAAACGGGUGGAGAUAUGGUAAGGACAGGGAUCUACCGGCAAAAGUCUCACCGAAUCUGGUCCCGUGGUCAGAUUUACCCCAGGAGUUUAAGGAGCUAUAUUGUGACCUUGUUGAGAGCAUUCCUGAGAUUUUGAAAUCUCAUGACUACGAAAUAUACCGGUUGGAGGAAGGACCACAAAUAUUUCCUCACUCACCGCCAUCUUUGAGCAUUGUCUAG